CAUAAUUAUUGAUGAAUGAAUGACAAAUUACAAUGAGCAUUUUAAUGUAUUACACACAUGAUUGGUUGCCUAAUAUUAUAAUAAAACUAAAGAAAAAAAAGAACAUAUUUGUUACAUAUUGUUAAUCAUAUUAACAACAACAACAACAGCAACAACAACACUAACAACAACAAUAAGAGUAACAAAAAUUAAAGGAAAAAGAAAUCUAUCUAUUCCUAUAUAAGGUUUAGAUAAUUUACUCACUUUCUUUUUCAAAUGCUUGAAUUUAAAUGUAAAAAUCAAAAUUUAAAAGUGUUGAUCAUUCUUAUUAUUAUAACAACAUUAUUAUAUGUUGCUGUUGAAAUAUGUUUAUUUGUCUCUGAUCAAUAUGUGAUAUAUAAAUAUUUAAUGGAGCAUGGUCUACCUUAUGGCCAUCUCCUUAGUAAUAGUAGAAAAAAAGAAUCCUAUGAUGAAGAUGAAAAAAAGUUGAAGUUAGUUCAAGCAAAAGCUGCUUGGAUAAAAUCUAUCAGUAAUCUUAUACGUUUAAGUUUUGGGUUAGCAACAGUUCUUAUUAUUGGAUAUAUAUCAGAUCGUUUCGGUCGUAAAAUUGCCUUAGGCAUAUUGAUUUUUGGUGAAGCAAUAUAUAUUGGCCUCAUGGGUUUUAUCAUCUAUUUAAAUUUGAGUCCAUGGACAGUUGUUUUUCCCGGUUUAUUCGAAGGAAUUUGUGGCGGUGGUCUUGUAUCAUUCACUGCUCAAAUAUCUGCAUGUUUAGCUGAUAUCACUGUACAACCGGAAGAUUCUAAAGAAAAUUCCAAUACCUCAAGUUUAAAUCAACAAUAUUCGUCUAAAGAGCACAGGUGGUUAUUUUUUACGAUGUAUGAUAGUUUGGCAAGUUUAAGUCAUGCAUGUGGUAGUCUAUUUGGAGGUAUACUAGUACACCGCUUGGGAUUCGGUCUCUCUGUUACUAUAUCCAUUGGAUUAUAUACUACCUCAGUUGUUGGAUUAUCAAUUCUUCCUGAGACUAAUCCAGAUGUAUUAAGAAGAAGACGUAAUCCACAAAAUAAUGCUAUCUGUCAAUACAGUGAAUCUAGAUAUGAUGAAGAUGGUCUACUUUACUUAGAAAUUAAAACCAGUGGAUUUAUCAUCAAAAUAAUGGGAAUAUUUAUAAAAAUGCUCAAGGCGAUUCGACAUUCUAGUCCUUUAUCGAGAAUAGUAAUGACAUUGCUUUUCUCCGUAUCUGUAACAGUUGUAGCAGAUCUGCAGUACAUCCACAUAUAUUUAAUGGGUUGUCCAUUUUUUUGGAAUGCACAGACAGUCGGAUUAUAUGCAGGUAUAUCUGAUGCUUUGUCAGCAUGUUUGUCCAUCACAUUCAUUGUGGCAAUUUACAACUGGGAACAAACUCGUAUAUUACAAUUAUGUAGCAUGGGUGAUACAAAAGAAUAUGUUGCGGAAUAUAAUUCCAUGGAAAUUACAUCAAAAGAAAUGCGGAUACUAUUUAUGAUUACAGCUGUGAUAUUCAUAGGAUUUGGAUUUAUGUUAAUCAAUAGAAUAUUGAUGGGUAUUGCAUUCUUAUUCACUUUACCUACUGCUAAUUACAUUGUUUAUGGAGCAUCAGCUGUAAGAUUGGUUAAAAAUACACUUGUUGCACCAAUUCGAACUAUGAUCUCGAUAAUAACACCAAAUGAUAAACAAGGUUUCAUGCUAUCUCUUGGAACAUUUAUUUCGCUUGUGGGAUUUCUGAUCAAUCUAACAGUCUUCCCACUUAUUUAUGCCGGAACUGUACACGCUUUUCCUGGUGCUGUUUUCUUUAUGUGCGGCUUACUCAUAUCGAUUACUAUCGGUUUCGGAGUGUAAGUCAGGUUAUUACCAAUACGUUUAACAAGAAUACAAAAAGAAAUGAUCUUACUGAACUGAAUUUUUAUUUUAGUAAUCUAAAGCAUUUUUUUCUUUAACAAAAAAAGUCAUUUGGAUUUAAAUAAUGAAUUGUAAUUUUAAAUUUUGGGAAAUAAAUUUCUUCUCUUUAUCUUUCUAAUAAAUAAACUAAUAUCAGAAUGGGUUUUGUGGAUAUUAUAGUAAUUUCAAUGAUUAAGAUCAUGAGUCGAUUGAAGCUAGACCACCAUGGAAAAACCUGGAAGCACUGGACGGCCAGAACAAUAGGACGAAACGACUGUCCAGUACUUCCAGAUUUUUCCAUGGUGGUCAAGCUUCAACUGACUCAUGAUCUUAAUCAUUGAAAUAAACUAAUAAUUUGGAUUUUGUAAUGAUAUUGAGAAAAUUUGUAAAAUUUUGCAAUAUUGUUUUUUUUUCUUGUUUUGUUGUUGAUGCUGUUUUUCUGUACUAGAAUGUAAACAAGACGUACUUUUUUUCUAAAAAGAAAUGCAUUCCUCAUAGAUGUUUUAUUCAAUUUUUUUAAUUUUUAUCCAGAUUUUUAUAUUAUAAAUAAAAGAAUGAUUAUUUA